CAGUAACAAGCAAACGCUCACAGCCACCAUCAGACCCAGGGAAAAAGCAGGGCUGUCCAGCCAAGGACUGAGGCUCCGACUGGAGGAGCAGAGAGAAAUCUGGGCCGGUAACUCCGGGAAUAGCCCCUACAGAGUGGUUCGAUUUUCCAAGGGCUGGGAAGACCCCAGACAGCCCUGCGACGAGCCCGAGGAGAGCUCCUUAAGUCUGGAAGCAAAGUGGGCAGCGCGUUCCCCCGGAGCCAAGAGUGUUGGGGGCGGGGAGAGGUCCCUGGACUCCACUUUGUAUGCAGCAGCUGCGUGGCAGUCUUGGGCUGUAGCGAAGACCUGCCCCUCCAGACCAUCCGGGCCAGAAGACAACAGAUGUACCUCUUCAAAUGCCGCAUCGUGCACCAAGUGCCUUGCGCUGGGUCCAGAGUGUGGAUGGUGUGUUCAAGAGGAUUUUAUUUCAGGUGGAUCAAGAAGUGAACGCUGUGAUACAGUUUCCAAUUUAAUAAGCAAAGGCUGCUCAGUUGAUUCAAUAGAGUAUCCAUCCGUGCAUGUAACUAUACCAACUGAAAAUGAAAUUAACACCCAGGUGAUACCAGGAGAAGUAUCGAUCCAGCUGCGUCCAGGAGCUGAAGUGAGUUUUAUGCUGAAAAUUCAUCCUCUGAAGAAAUAUCCUGUGGAUCUGUAUUAUUUGGUGGAUGUCUCAGCAUCGAUGCACAAUAAUAUAGAAAAAUUAAAUUCUGUCGGAAAUGACUUAUCUAGAAAAAUGGCAUUUUUCUCCCGUGACUUCCGCCUUGGAUUUGGCUCAUAUGUUGAUAAAACAGUUUCACCAUAUAUUAGCAUUCACCCUGAAAGGAUUCAUAAUCAGUGCAGCGAUUACAAUUUAGACUGUAUGCCUCCCCACGGGUACAUUCACGUCCUGUCUUUGACGGAGAACAUCACGGAGUUUGAGAAAGCGGUUCACAGACAGAAGAUCUCUGGAAACAUAGAUACACCAGAAGGAGGCUUCGAUGCCAUGCUGCAGGCGGCAGUCUGUGAGAGUCAUAUUGGAUGGCGAAAGGAAGCCAAAAGAUUGCUGCUGGUGAUGACAGAUCAGACAUCUCAUCUUGCUCUCGAUAGCAAAUUGGCAGGCAUAGUGGUACCCAAUGACGGAAACUGCCAUCUGAAGAAUAAUGUCUACGUCAAAUCCACAACCAUGGAACAUCCCUCACUAGGCCAACUUUCAGAAAAAUUAAUAGACAACAAUAUUAAUGUCAUUUUUGCAGUUCAAGGGAAACAAUUUCAUUGGUAUAAGGACCUUCUACCCCUUUUGCCGGGUACCAUUGCUCGUGAAAUAGAAUCAAAGGCUGCAAAUCUCAAUAAUUUGGUAGUAGAAGCCUAUCAGAAACUCAUUUCGGAAGUGAAAGUCCAGGUGGAAAACCAGGUUCCAGGCAUCUAUUUUAACAUCACCACCAUCUGUCCAGAUGGGACCAGAAAGCCAGGCACAGAGGGGUGCGGAAACGUGACGAGCGAUGAUGAAGUUCUUUUCAAUGUAACAGUUACAAUGAAAAAAUGUGAUGUCACAGGAGGAAAAAAUUAUGCAAUCAUCAAACCUAUUGGUUUCAAUGAAACCACUAAAAUUCAUAUACACAGAAAUUGCAGCUGUCAGUGUGAGGACAACAGCAGACCUAAAGGAAAGUACGUAGAUGAAACGUCUCUGGAUUCCAAGUGUUUCCAGUGUGAUGAGAAUAAAUGUCAUUUUGAAGAAGAUCAACUUUCUUCUGAGAGCUGCAAGUCACACAGAGAUCAGCCCGUUUGCAGCGGUCAAGGUGUUUGUGUUUGUGGUAAAUGUGUAUGUCAUCAGAUGAAGUUUGGAAAAGUAUAUGGAAAAUACUGUGAAAAAGAUGACUUUUCUUGUCCAUAUUACCAUGGAAAUCUGUGUGCUGGCCACGGAGAGUGUGAAGCGGGCAGGUGCCAAUGCUUCAGUGGCUGGGAAGGGGACCGGUGCCAGUGCCCAUCAGCAUCAGUCCAGCAGUGUGUCAACUCAAAGGGCCAAGUGUGCAGCGGAAGAGGCACAUGUGUGUGUGGCAGGUGUGAGUGCACCGACCCCAGGAGCAUCGGCCGCUUCUGUGAACAUUGCCCCACCUGCCAUACAGCCUGCAAGGGAAACUGGAAUUGUGUGCAAUGCCUUCACCCUCACAACCUGUCCCAGGCUAUUCUUGAUCAGUGUAAAUCAUCCUGUGCCCUCAUGGAGCAGCAGUAUGUGGACCAAACCUCAGAAUGUUUCUCUAGCCCAAGCUACUUGAGAAUAUUUUUCAUCAUAUUCAUAGUUACAUUCUUGAUUGGGUUGCUUAAAGUCCUCAUCAUUAGACAGGUGAUACUACAAUGGAAUAGCAAUAAAAUUAAGUCCUCAUCAGAUUACAGAGUGUCAGCCUCAAAAAAGGAUAAGUUGAUUCUGCAAAGCGUUUGCACGAGAGCAGUAACCUACCGACGUGAGAAACCCGAAGAAAUAAAAAUGGAUAUCAGCAAAUUAAAUGCUCAUGAAACUUUCGGGUGCAACUUCUAAAAAACGAUCUUAAAAUACUUUCUGCAAAACUGGAUUUUUUAAAAUAAUUGCUCCUAAAAUUUAUAAUUGUAAAAGUCACAGGAGGAGACAAAUUGCUCCAGAUCAUGCCAGGGGCUGGUUGGGCCCUGGAAUGAAGACUGACAGGCAUCUUCAUCAUCAUGUGACUCACACAGCUGCUGAAUUUUCCAGAGAAAAAUGUGUCUUACUACUGUUUGAGACUAGUGUCUUUGUAGCACUUUACUGUAUUAUAUAACUUAUUUAGAUCAGCAUAGAAUGUAGAUCAUCUGACGAGCACUGAUUACACUUUACAGGUACCUGUCAUCCCUACGCUUCCCAGAGAGAGACAAUGCCGUGAGACACUGGCAUUGUGUCACUACAAGGGUACAAGUCAUCCCUGCACUGAACAUGUGGAUGAGAAGAAUAAUUCAGCAGUGAUAUACUAACGCUGCCAAACACUGCAACCACUGGUAGGUGAAUAGACAAGAACAGCCAGAUGAAGAAAUGGUUAGCAAGUCACUCAGCCAAGAGGUGAACAGCUAGACCCUUAAUUAAGAAUAUUGCUUUUGAAACUAAUUUCAUGCAUGUAUGUUUACGUUUCUCUUCUUUUUACAAGAUGGAUAUUAAUCCCAGCAUUCUCUCCUGAGUUUAUGUUUUGUUUUUCUUCCUUACAGGAUACGUUAAUAUUUAUCACAGAUGACUGGAUUAAAUAAGUGCUAAGUUACUACUGCCAUAGAAACCUAAUAAUUCAAGGUCACUUUAUUAGAAUACUGGUUUGAAAAGUUGAAUGUUAAUAAGGGAUACUGUAAAGUAUCAUCCACACCUGAACAGCUUCAUUAUUUUCAAAUGCAGAGUUUUUUUUAUCUUAUCUAGUAAACUGGAAGGAUUGUUUGGCUAUUUCAUUUGUCUAAUCAUUGAUUCACAAGAUACUUAUAAACUCUGCCUCAGGCAAAGUACCAGCUAGAUUUUAACUCCCAGUAAAUAUCAGCAUUUUUCAAAUGAAAAGCAUAUUACUUUUUUACUUUUGCCCUUGAAUGUAGCCAAAGGACAUCUUUUCCUGAAUCACCCCAAGCCUACUCACCAGAAUUCAUAAAACUAUAAAAUAGGAAAAUGGUAGGUGAAACCUACCAUUAAAAUGGAACCUUUUAAUGAGUCAGAGUACUGAAGCUCAGAAAUUUUAAAGGAUUUCUUACUACACACCCAAGUGAUGAAGUGGCAACGUUAGAAAAGAGUUUUCAUGUUCUUAUUCCCAGGCAUGUGUCGCGCUACCUCUUGAAUCUUUAAAAUAUUUCAAUUGGCAAAUAUUUAUAAAUGUGAUUUACUGAAAUCUCGAUUAUUUGAACAUGAGAAACUUCCAAAGCAACUAAAUUGUCCCUAAUUAACUUCUAGUCUUUCCUGCUAAUCAGCUUCUAAUUGCAGCACGGCCUAACUACAGGGGACUCACUUCUCACUGUAACCUAUAUGAACAGUGUCCCCUGGAGUUGUUCAGCGCUGAACUGCUCCACCCAAGAUCUCCAAACAGGGGCUGUGAGCUCUGUCCUCCCCAAUGGGAACCUCUUUAUAAUUACCCUACUCUUGCGAUUUAGUCUGAUGGUAUUGGCCAGGAGUCCAAUAGUCCUGUUAUGCAGUACAGAGUUUUGCCUAGGAUAACAAAAGGAUUUAUUUAAAAUAUCUUCUUACACAUAUCAUUAACUCUAAAGAUGUACUGUCUUCCAGCACUUGGGUUAAAGUACUAGAUACUUGCAUUUUGGUGAAGACUAACUUCCAUCCUGUACUGUAUCUCAAAGAGACUUGAAAAACGUGCAGCAAGUUGUUCUGGAACCAGCAAACACAGGACUGUAUUAGAUGUCCCCCACUGUAAGCAAUUAGGAUGCUAACUUGAACUAACUUUACUUCCCCAAAUGAGGACUGGUAUAAUCCAGUACUGAGACCCACUUGUGGAGGAAACCUUUAAUUACUAAAAAUUGCAUAAAAACCGUGCUCUAUAGCCUCUCACACAUGGCAUCGUUUUAAAAAAUGGCAAAUGAAGCAUGAAUGUUUUACAAACCCCCAAAGGGAAAAAAGGAGAAGAUACCCAUGAAUGAAAAUGCUGACAAUUUUUUAAAUGAAUGUUACAAUGUUCAUAAACAAUAACUUAAUUUCCAUACAAAAUAGCAAACAAAAUGAAAUCCUUCGAUCCUUAUAACCUCGCUCGUUUGCACUAACUUUAUAGUGGACCAAGGCUGUAAUCACAGGAAGGAGCAGAUUCCCUUGCCAGCAAUUCAGCACUAGAUGGGGAUUGUGAUGAUGCUUGUGAUGUCUUGUGCUUUCUAUUUUUUACUCAGAGAGCUAAUUCUUAAAAACUUUAGGCUUACAUUUUACUUGAAUAAUUGAUAUAUUCUUGUGUAAUGGUUUGUGAGAAGAGAAUUAAUAUCUGACUAGUUAGAAUUAAUUAAAAGAUAAGAAAAACAGGGUAUCUUAGAUUAAAUAGUUUAGAGCCUAUUUUCAACUAAUAUGGCCCCAAGAGCCUUUUGAGAUUCAUUGGUAUUAGACACGAUUAAUGAAUUUUAAAUUGUUAACAAAAUUAAGAAGUUGAACAACAGUUUUAGUACCAUAGCAUUUUUGUGCCCUAAAAUAUGUAAUGAUUUAGAAAUGUGCCAUCCAUACACUACAGCAUAACUGUGCGUUUUACUUCUCUGGGGACGCCUUUACACGGCAGCGUACACGUAUUUAUAAGCAUUUGAUGUAUUUUUGGAAAUUUUCUAAUAUUUAUUAUGCCAUAGACAUCCUCUGGAAGACUUCAAAGUUCACUAAAACUUUGGUUAUGUCCUAAAUGUUCAGUAUAACUUUGAUUUAUAAAAAUAGCAAACAAACAAACAAACAAAAAAACUAAGGUUAAAUAGAAAAGAUAUCUCUGGAGGCAAAUUCUUCAAAAGCUCAAAAUUAAAAUCAGUAGAUACAUCAGCUACAACACUUAACCAAAGAAUAAAUCCCAAAUAUUUCAUAAUAUUUACUUAACUCCCUUGAAGGUAAUCUUAAGUAUGAUAACAGGCAUCCAGGAGACAUGUAUGAAAAAAUUUCCCUAAGGAUUUUUUUUUUUCUGGUACUGGGCAGAUUAUACUCAAAGUUUUUUCUUCCUUUUCCUAUACAUGUUUUCCUCACUCACUUUACCCAAAAGAUUGCCUUAAAGCUUCAAGAUCAAUAGCCUAAUUGUGGAAAAUAACUAAAUUUAAUGGUAAAAUGAAGUUCUUUAUUUCCCAAUGUCUCUGAUUGAUUUUAUAGCUUCUGAACAAAGACCGAUCCAUUCAAAACAAAGAAUUUUAAAUUUCCAAAACUGAGCUUCUUUCCAUUUGGAAGGAUUUGUGAUAUAUAUUUUUAUAAAAGUAUCAAGUGAAACACAAUUACUUGAGAGCUCAAUCGUGUGCAUAUAGUAUGCUGAUUUGUUUACUCCCAAUAUUUAAUUUAUGACUGUCUUUUAUUUAUAUUGAACUAAAGAACUCCAUUUCAUGCAAUGCAAGUUGAGGUGUAUUUUUCAAAGAAAUACAGAACUAGCAUUCUUUCCAAUAACAACCAUUUUCUUAUAUAAUUACUCUACAAAAAUUUAUUAUGUUUUCCUGAUUACACAUAUCCAUAUUUAUAUUUUAUUGAUUCUCAGACACGACCUUUUCAAUUUGACAUCUCUGAAAUUAUGAAGUAUGUUACAAUUGCUAGCAUUUUAGAUGCAAUGUUUAAAAUUGUGCUUGAAUAAAUAUUACACUAACUCAACUUUAAAUGUUCAUGGGUGUAGGUGCAUUCCUUUUCUUACAGAUAUUGGAGAGCCCAUUUGUGAUAACCUAUGAAGGCAAUUUCCAGAACAACCAAAUGACGAGUCUAACUGUAGUUAUUAGCUCAGGUUCUGCACAUCUUUAGGUUAUGAAACUCUUUUGGGCCCCUGCUUAUACUUUAUGCUCAUGUCUACACUUUUCAGCAAACCCUACCUUAAUGUAAAAGUGUUGGUGGAUUUCGCGCUGUUUGGUUAACACAUUCUUAUUCUUUCUAAGAGACCCUUUUAUGUGAUCAUCUCACUUUUAAACAGAAUUAACUGGAAAAAAUAUACAUGAAACCAUCAUAAUUAGAUUAUACAGCCCUGGUAGGUCUUAUGUCAGUGGCAGAGGAAAACUUUGAUAAAACUAACCAGUGCUGUGAAAAAUAGCUUUCCUCUAGGGUCCUCCUACUUUUAUCAUUUCUAUUCUUUCUACUUUUUACUUGGCUCUGUUCAAUUUACCUUCAAGCUCAUUAUAAUGACUGUUGUAAACUGCAUAUUUAAAUUAUUUGAACUUUAUGAAACAAUUGUUUGGCUAUCUGGGCAGCUGUUAAUGUAAUACCUGAAAAUAGAAACACUACUCUUUCAUCUACCUGGAAUAUUUUUCUGAAUAAAAUUUAUCUUUGUAAGCUAACUCUAUUAAUCAGGUUUCUAGCCUCUACAGUCUACUUCAGUUAAAACUGUGUAACACAACAAUGUAAAAAAAACCACUGCUCUCAUCAAGAAUAGAAAAUGUGUGAUGAUUCGUGUAAAGAACUUUUACCAACUUUACAUUGUACACACGGAAAUAUGAUUUUGAUAAAAAUACUACAAAAUGACAAGUAUGGUACAUGGUACAUAGAUUUUAUUAAGAAUGUUUGAGUAUAAAAUAUUUUAAUUCUAAAUUAUAAUAAAAUAUAAAUUUGCACACAUUAAUAUAGAAAUUCAUUUUGUGUAUAUUUAACAUAGCUUUAAAACGAUUUUACAUCUACUAGCUACUUUGUUAUGGUUUUUUAAACCUCAGCAAAAACCUUAGAAUUGUUUUUAAAUUAUCAGUAACAUAAUCUUAUUUUGUUUCACUUAAUAUGUAUUGCAUUUGUAAAAAUAAAUUUAAUAUAAGAUAUAUUUUUAAAUUAAAAUAUUUGAAUAUUCUAAAAUAGUUCUAAGAAAGAACCAAAUUCUCAUGAACAUGUUUCUACUAUUUCUAGCUUUUAAAUAUAAAGUUAAAUUGCCUUAAAUAAUACAGAAGAUUGGAGAAUAUAAUUUCACAUACUAUACUAUGAACCUGUUCAUAUAAUUCUGAUUGACUACUAACUUCAGUUUUAUGUAUUUAUUAAAGAGCUGACACUGUAGUUUAUUGUGAGAUGUUUAUUUUUCUAACAGAGCCUAUAACAAUAAGGACAAGGCAUUUAAUUAAUGCAUCAUUCUGUCUGAAAAGUAGGUGUUAAUCAAUAUGAAAUUUUCUGUUUUAAAAUAAAAAUGUACAA